AAAUUAAUUUGAAAUGCCCUGCCCUCAUACCACCACAAUGCCAACUACCUCCUCAACAUGGCUUUCAUUCAGUUCCUGUUUAGCUACACAUGCUCACUUGACUUUGCAUUUGGAUCAUCUAUUUUCGUUGGGCUGUGGCAGCACACACACUGAAGGAUGUGGUCACUGUAUUCGUGUCCCUUCCACUGGUGAGCCACAGCUGUAUGGAAGAAAAUCGCUGGGAUAUAAAGCACUACUGAAUGACACAUACCCUUCAGGACAGCUGCAGGAGAUCUAAGAUGGAGCACACCUCGUGUACAGAGGACCGUAUCCACCACGCCCUGGACAGGUGCCUUUAUGGCCUGGGCCACAGCUCUCCCAACACACAGCCCUGGAACGCUGGCCUGUGCAUAAACCGCUGGAGUUUAGAGGAACUAGUGAAGCGAGAUCCACAAAACUUCAUCAUCCUACUGCAGCAGAUUCUGAGGAAAACUAGGGAGGUUCUAGAGCAGUCCCAGGAUGAGCUGGUGGUCCCACUGGCUCUCCUGUUCUCUUCUACUCUUCUGCAGACCCCUCACUUCUCCCCUGACUCUGGGGUGCUGCAGGAUGCCUGUGAGGUGUUUCACUGUUUCCUGUCCUGGCCGGAGCCCUGCUGCAGCGCCAGCCGACACCUGCUCUCCCUCAUCCAGCAGGAGCUCAGGGCACCAGGUAUCUCAUUUCAAAGACUAUUGAGAGAAGAACAGGGCUUGACCACCACCACCACCAAUCACUCCAAAACUAUGACAGUAUUGUUAAUGAGCCCAGGUGAGGAUGUCCCUCCCGAGCUCCUGUCUGUCUCUGAGCAGCUGAGUGGUGUCUGUCACUCCCAGAGGGACACCUCCAUCACCCUGAUCAAACAUGCCUUCCAGGCUGCCCUGGGGACCAAGUACCCCCUCCAGAUACUGCAUCAUGCACUGCAGUCAAAAGGGGCAGAGGAUCUGGAGCAGCUUGUGACUGCAGUAACAGAGGCCCUGGAGACAGCAGCCUCUACACAGGACCCAGACGCAGCCAGAGAGAGUCUAUUGCAGAGCCUAAAGGGGCUGGUGGAGAGCAUUGGCAUACCCCCUCCAGACUGCCAUACAAGCCCUGGAAAUGUCCAUACACUGACGCUGCCCUUAGCCAAAUGUCACAUGUUCUCCUGGGAUAAGGACAACUUCGACAUUUUAAAUGACCUUCUUCAGAGUGAGCUGGACCAGCUCCCAGUCUUUAACCUUCCCACAGACAAGGGAGAGGAGGAUGAUGAAGAUGAGGAAACAGAGGAGGAAACAAUAAAGAACCGAUACACAGACCACCGGAUCUCCACUGUGUCCAUCUGCUCCAAAGACUCUAUGUUCUCCAGCUACUCCCUGUCCUCCAGCUUGUCUGUGCCCUCCACCCUGUCUGAGUCUUCUGGGGUGGACAGUGACUUCAGCGAGGACUUGGAGACAGAUGACGGUCAACCAGAGACCAGGAGGAGACCAAAGUCAAAAGUCCACCUCAGCCAGCGUUUCUCCAUGCUCUUCAAGUCCCAACGCAGCUCCUCCCUCUGCCGACGCGCACAGAGCAUGGGCUCCCGUGGUGAUGUCAUUAGAGACGGCCCAUCUGGGGCGCUGUUCAAGCGCUCCAAGUCAUUGCCUAGACAGGUCCGCCUUCCCCGCCUGCCCCGCAGUUCAGGGGUGCCUGCCCCCACCUCAGAUGGACCGUUUCCCCAGAGUCACCACGUGUGUGUCCGGAAGAGGCCCAUUCUGAGUUGUGAGGAGGGGGAUGGGGUGGAGAUGUCCACCCUGGUCAGGGUGGUAGUGUUUGGGGGGGACCGGGAGGCAGGGAGGCUGGCCAGGGCCUACACUGACCUACAGCAGAGGGAGAGCAGGUGUCCUCGCCUCACCAGGGCCUACAGGCUGCAGUUCUACUUUGUCCCUGUGAAGAGAGGGAACCUGGGAGGUCCAGGAGGAGUGUCCAUAGUGCCUGAGGGGCACCUAGGGAGUCUACUGAAAUGCCCAACAUCUACGAAGUCAAAUGCAGUUAUACUUGAGGACAGCACCACUGACAUCGCCCAGUUGAUAGGCAUGACUGACCCCUGGUACAAACAGAGCGUGCUCAGUCUCCUCAGCCUGUCCUCUGAUGUCCUGUGCCAGACAACUUCUAAAGUGGAUUGUGACUCAGAUAGCAGCUCCUCUGAGCGCGUUCUCCUCCUGGCAGACCUGGUGCUGUAUUACUGUCGAAAUGCAGCACAGCCUGUUCUGUUACAACUCUACCAGGCUGAGCUGACCCUGGCUGGGGGAGAGAAGAGAAGAGAGGUGUUCAUCCAUUCCUUGGAGCUUGGACACACAGCAGGGACACGAGCCGUCAAGGCCAUGGGUGCAGCUAGCAAAAGGUUUGGGAUUGAUGGAGAUCGUGAGGCCCUGCCAUUAGCACUAUAUAUUGUUUAUAACAAGGUUUUUGUAAGUGGGAGGAGUCAAAGGACAGAAACAGACAUGGUUUGCACCUCAAUAAACUUGAGGAAAGCCUGCAAGAGACCUCAGCAGCUAGAUUCUAAAAUGGAGAGUCUUCACUUGACAAUGACAGAGGUGUUGAAGAUACAGAGCUCCAAAUCCAAGAAAAACUACAAUCAGCAGAUCUCCAGGUCAGAGGUGAAGGUGGACAAGGUCCAGGUGAGUGGUGGCAGUGGGAUCACCUUCCCUGUGUGUCUGGACCAGGAUGAGAAGAAGAUCAUCCAAAGCGUCAUCAGGUGUGAGGUGUCGUUGUGCUGUAAACCAGGCAGCGGUUCUGACUGGAGGUCUCACAGGAGCCGGCCUGGUCAGGUCCAGCCACUGCACCCCUCGUUCUGCUCCCUGCUCUGCCUGCCCAUCACCUCCUUCUGUGGCUCUCAACCGUCAUAAACCACUGGACUAGGCUACAACGUUCCUCUCCUAAACCACUCAGACAUGAACACCCACAUGAUGUUCUGAUAAUAAUGUUUUCCAUUUAGCAUGAAGCUUUUAUCCAAAGCAACAUACAGUCAUGUGUACAUACAUUUUAUGUAUGGUCCCUGGAGUCAAACCCACUACCCUGGUGUUACAAGUGCCAUGCUCUACCAACUGAGCUACAGAGGAAGUUGUAUUAUUUUGCACAUCUGGUGUUCUGUGUACUGUAAUAGUCAACUCAGUCAAAAAUAUUUUGUCUGCAUGAUCGUUUCUCCUGUUUUAUUUUUUGACAACCUUGAGAGCAUGCCUUGUGAUGCAUUGUACUUGUGUGAGGAUGUCUAAACUAGACAAAGGGGAUUUUACUGUUGUGGUGCUGUGAGAAAAUGUGUUUCACUCAAGAUAUUGUACAGUCCCCAUGGGCUUCCAUGUGCAUUGCUAGCAGUGCACUGUACAUUUUUUUGUCAUUCUUAUCAUGCCUGAAUAUUCAUUCAUUGAAAUGUUCUCUAUGCUAUAAUGUCAACAUUUCAGUUUUCAACUAUGAAUGACCCUGAGGACUCCUCAGUUCUCAUUGACAAGUGUAUAACAUGAAUAAAUACAUAUAUUUAUUGAAAUAAAGAAAACAUAUUU